CUUCCCAAAGUCAGGAACCAUCUCCACCCAAAGUCAGCGACCAUCUCCACCCAAAGUCGCCCUCUCCGCCUCCAUCCGUGUCUCCGCCGCCCUCUCUUAUCAUCGGCUGCCACCACUCCACCACCAGUCCUCUCCACAGCGUAUUAUAUUUUCUUAUGUUCCUUGCUCCGACCCGACCCAAAUGACGACGACCCGAAAAUUCUGAACACCGAAAAAAGUGGACCCCAUUGGAAAAAUAUCCUGGGUCCGCCACUGGGUAUACCCAUCUAGCUCGGAAAAAAUACAUCAAAUUAUUCGAUUGCCCACUGCUUUUAUUCUUAUAUAAACAACUUCAUCCCUCCCGAUUCUUCAACACUUGAAACGACCCCAAUUUCUCAGUGACCGUCUUGUAUGAGACUACAGCUACAAGCCUCUGAACCUUGUGCACAACUCUGCUAGCCGACUACUGCUUACUGAAUUUGCAAUCUGGAGUCUGACCGAUCUAUGAGUUUUGCGGGGUUUUGACCCCAAUUCUAGACUUACAGCAAAUCUCGACGGCUCGACCUCAUCUUGUUCGUUUUCUAGGGUUUAUUUGUGCGAUUUGGUAGACGACACAAGUUUUUUCCUUAAUGGCUUCAUGUGGGGACAGAGAAUACUUAGACGUUGUUGCUUUUAUGAAGCUGGCAUUAGAACAGGCUAAAAUUGCAUUUGACAGCCUCGAAGUGCCUGUGGGAUGUGUCAUUGUCAUGGACGGGAAGGUAAUAUCGUGCGGAAGAAAUCGGACAAACGAAACAAGAAACGCUACAAGACACGCUGAAAUGGAAGCUAUCGAUGUUCUGCUCGAUCAGUGGAAAAAAUUAAAGCUUUCAAAGGCUGAAGUUAGCGAAAUGUUCUCAAAAUGCUAUCUUUACGUGACAUGUGAGCCAUGUAUAAUGUGCGCGGGUGCCUUGUCAUUUCUUGGCAUAAAAGAAGUAUACUAUGGUUGUGCUAAUGAUAAGUUUGGAGGUUGUGGAUCGAUAUUAUCUUUGCAUACAAUGAGUUGUGAAGAGGCUGGUGGGAAGAGUUACAAAUGCACUGGCGGGAUAAUGGCGGAAGAAGCAGUUUCUCUUUUUAGAAACUUCUACGAGCUUGGAAACCCUAAUGCUCCAAAACCUCACAGGCAGCCAGUCCAACAACCAUGAUGCAAACCAACAUUUGGGGACACAGUUAUGGUUGUGGGACUUCAAAAGGCAAGUGUGGUACCUGCAAGCGCCCGAGGUUAAUACGCCUCAACUUGUGGGUUUAAUACCAGGUUGGAUAUAUAAGUUAUGUGACUUUUUGAGUAACAAAAUCAUCCUCUUUUAUGUGUUUUGAAGUCAAAUUGGAUGUUCUAUUUUGCCCAUAGUUUCAUUUCUAAUUUGUACAAUAAGAUUCUUAUUUCUGUCAAAGUUAUUAAAAGAAUUAGGGGGGGCAUGAUCCUGAUCUUGAACCUGAAGGUGGUAUGGAUAUGACAAAGUUGGUGGUUGGUUAAACACUCCAGAUUUGACUAAUUGAUAAACUUUCUGAUA